GGAAACUGGUCAUUACUGAAUGAGCAUGCUGACGUUGAGGGCGUCUUUCACACCUCUCUUCUCAUAGGCAUUUCUCAUUUCUGAAACUGGUCACACAUACGGCUGGGCUUUUUGAAUCUCUGCCUGGAUUCCCUCGUGUUAGGAAGUACCACAUACAGACUGGUCAACUCCAUCAAGAAAUAUGAAUGGCUCCCAGGUCUGCCUCUUGCUGUACUGUGUGGUACUCAUGGGAACAUCAGUACUUGCUAAUGAUGGUAAAAUAAAAAAUGAAACUGAAAAGGGAGCUGGGGCUAAACCUAACGCAACCAUGGGACCUCCUGGAACUACACAUUUAACACAAUUUAACAGUUCAACACAUUUUCAGUCAGAAUCAACAACACCAGCUACCCUCAACACCAGAGAAACAUCUGGAACCAAUAGCCCAGUGAACACCAACAACACACCAUCCAGAGCGAACACCAAACCUAGUGCCUACCCUCCACUUAAGGCCCAAACCAGCCCCACGUUCAGCCCCUGCCGCAGCUCUGACUUUCUGUUGGAUAAGAAGGAGGCCACCAUCCUGCUGAUUGUGACAGGUGCCCUGGUGGUCCUGUGUGCCAUCCUGCUAGUCUCCACAGUUGUGCUGUCAUGCCAUGUGUGCUGCCUGAAGCGCCAGCCCCACAUCAGCAGCCGCCCCACCCGCAGCAACAUAGACCUGGUGAGUGGUACUGGGUACUGGGGCACUGGCCAGAGGACCAAGGAGAGGCCUGACUCUGAGCCCGGUGAGACCAGCCUGAUGAUGGCAGAGCUCAGACAGACCCAGGAGGGGGAGAACGGCAAGACAGACAAGGGGCAAGGGAAAAAUAAGAUGGUGAAAGAUACACCCAAGAAGGAAGAGAAGAAGGAAGCCACGGAAAAUGGGGUGGCAGCAGCUGCAAACCCUAGCCAGGGGAGCCCGGUCACUACCACCACCAAACAGCCUGCAGAGCCCUCUGACCCCACAGCCACAGCAGGCUCUCCCCAAUCACAAGCCUCUAGCGAUGUUGUUGUGGUGGUGGGGUGAGGGCUCUCACAUGGUGACCUCCUCCUCUGACCUUGGACCAGAAACAAGCUCAAACCACUGGUCAAACUGUCCUCAGCUGCAUACUGAUGAUGGGAACAGCACAGUUUUAUACAACAGCUUCUAUUGGCAUGCUGUAAAGAGAUUUGAUUUUGCACUGAGUGUUUGCUUAGAGUGAUUGUGUGGUUUUGUAUUUUAUGCUCGCAUUCUCAUUCAAAACUUAUGAAAUAAUUACCAUUAUGAUCAUGUCUAUACAAAUGAAUGUACCACAAGAAGUUGAAUAUCAUGUGAAUGUUUAAUAUUUGUAUGAAUUUGUAUGUGUAACAAAAAUAGUUAUAAGUUAAAAUGUAUAGCCAUCAUCGGUGUCACCGAUAAGAGGAAAUGACUCCUGUUUGGUCUAGUGGUUGUCUCACAGCUUGCUUGUUACAUUUCCCUCACUUCUCCAUUUUUAGACAUUCUAAAUUCAGCAAAAUGACAAAACAGAACCAACCAGCACUAAACUGUAGUAUCGGCUUAAGUAGACAAUUUAAAGGAACUGUUUAAGCCACAAACCUCUUCCAGAAACACUCUGACAAUGUUUUCCUACAAGUCAACAUCACUUCCUUGGUCUUUUGGAUACAGUAAAGAAGAGUUCAAAUGUUUCUGCUCUAGCUUUAUCUGCCCUUCCGUUUCCAAGCCUUUGAAACAAUAAAGAAUUAGGACACUUCCUGAGUGUUUCUCUG